GCUGCUCUCGGGGAGUGUCCCGCCCGCUUGCCCGCGCCUCCUCCCUCCUCAUCACCUCCCUUCCCCCGCGUUUGCAGAGCUAAGUCGGGUCACUCUGGCGAGCGUCGGCUGGGCAUGGCUCAGCAUUCCCUGGUCUGCUGCGGGGCCGAGGCAAGGCGAGCAGGUUUCAUUUUCUUCUUAGAUCUCUAGGAGAAUUUGGAGAAUCUCUAAACAGAUUGGUGAACUUGAUUCAAAAGAAAUACAUUAUCAGAAACCAAAUGGGAAAUCUUUUAAAAGUUCUCAAUUGUACAGACUUUGAUCAAGGGCCCAUUUUUUUCCUAGACUUUGAAAAUGCUCAGCCUACUGAUGGAGAAAGGGAGAUAUGGAACCAAGUCAACGCUGUUUUACAGGACUCAGAAAGUAUGCUUUCAGACCUGCAGUCUUACAAAGGAGCUGGACAAGAGAUUAGAGAUGCAAUACAGAACCCGAAUGAUAUUCAGCUUCAGGAAAGAGCAUGGAAUUCAGUAUGCCCUCUGGUUGUGAGGUUAAAGCGGUUCUAUGAAUUUUCUCUCAGACUAGAAAAAGCAUUACAGAGCUUAUUAGAAUCCUUGACUUGUCCGCCCUAUACACCAACUCAGCACUUAGAGCGAGAGCAAGCACUAGCAAAGCAGUUUGCAGAGAUUCUGCAUUUUACUCUCCGCUUUGAUGAACUUAAGAUGAGAAACCCGGCAAUUCAAAAUGACUUUAGCUACUAUAGAAGGACAUUAAGUCGCAACAGAAUAAACAACAUGCAUCUUGACAUUGAGAGUGAAGUGAACAAUGAGAUGGCUAACAGAAUGUCCCUGUUCUACGCAGAAGCUACACCAGUCCUGAAAACGCUGAGUAAUGCUACCACCCAUUUUGUUGUAGAAAAUAAAACCUUGCCAAUUGAGAAUACAACAGAUUGUCUAAGUACGAUGGCCAGUGUAUGUAAAGUCAUGCUGGAAACACCAGAAUAUAGAAGUAGAUUCACCAGUGAAGAAACCCUCAUGUUCUGCAUGAGAGUAAUGGUUGGUGUAAUUAUUCUCUACGACCACGUUCAUCCUGUGGGGGCUUUCUCAAAGGCUUCAAAGAUAGAUAUGAAAGGUUGCAUAAAGGUUUUAAGAGAACAGCCACCAGACACUGUUGAAGGGCUUUUGAAUGCUCUCAGGUUCACCACAAAACACCUGAAUGAUGAAUCCACUUCAAAGCAAGUUCGAGCUAUGCUUCAGUAAUGCCCACCUUUGAGAAAUGGACUUUUAAAUUAUUUAGAGAAGGUGUUUGUUUACAUAAUUUAAUAGUUUGUGGUGGUGUUAGUAAAUAUGCAUAAUUUACAUGAUAUAACAAUUGAUUUCUUCCUGUUGCUGCAGUGUGUGGAUUUGUAUCAAUAACAUGACUGACUUCGUAAUGCACGACAUCCAUUUAUGUGCUUGUAUUACCAUUCAAAAAGUUUAAGAGGUACCUUUUAAUUUGAAUAUAUAAAUAAUGAAAGUGUCUACGUGCCUUUGUUUUUUGUUAUGUUAGGGGGUUACAUUUUGGGGGGGUGUUUUUUGUGGAUGUAUGCAGAGUAACUCUUUGGGGUAAUCUCUAAACAGUCAUAACUCUUGACUGUGUGCCUGUGAAGACCUUGGUGCAAAACCCUCCAGGGGUCUCCACGUUCCCUUAACUUUUGCAACACCAAGUGCAUGUGUAGUGUGAAACAAGGAGGGUGUUCCAGUUGGCCAGAUCUUUCUGAGACUGGUAGGCUCCUUUUCUAACAGAUUUAGCAGGGUUUGCACCAAGGCCUGCACGUGUAUAUACAAUAAUUUUGUUAAGUUUUUAAAUUUAUAUGCGUAACGCUUGCAUUGUGCCUUUGGGCAGUUAAGUGAGAUAUGAAUUAUGGAUGUAAACCAAUACCAGCCCAGUUUUGAUGUACAACUUCAGCUUAUUAAGCCAAGAUAGGAUUUGUGUAAGACUUGUACCCUUGCAUUCUCUCAUUAUGCUAUCUUCUCUUUCUUUCCUUGUAAGCCAUAAUCAGUGCUUCAUGAAUUAAUUAGCCAUGGUUUCCUACUAUGUCCAAACCUGGAAAUUUUAUUCAUGGUAUCAGAACAAGCCCCAAUCUUAUAACAGACUUCCAACUAGAGAGAAGGAGCAGUGCAAGGACAUAUAAGCAGCACAAGGCUUAUGCAUCUCUUGACUCCGUAACCCAAGAGAUAGGUACAUUCAGACCAGGCCAGAACGUAAGACUGUGCAGAAACCUAAUGAGAGGCAAUACUGUUAUAUAUAGUAUCGCCUGUGUUUGUAGGCUUAUGACCAUACCAACAGCACUGAGUAGCUUUGUGGUAUAAGGCACUUUCUUGCUUUCUUCUUCAUACUUCUCUCUGCUCUUGAAAGAUUGAAACAUGACCUACCACAGUUAUUCCUUAAUCAUGCACAGCAUCUUGGAAUUGAUAUUUGUGCCAUUUUUUUAUUUAGGCCUUUCUUAAUGCCUAGCUCUUCCUUUGUACUAAAUUCACUAGGAAACUAGGGGGGGAAAGGCUCUAAGAUGCUUUUAUUUUUGACACCAUUUUAAAAAAUGUAUUUAAUAGGUGUUUCACAACUCAAGCAACUUGAAGUUGUAGUUCAGCUGUCUCUAUUAACUGUGUUGUGCAUUCUAAUGCUGAAUGUAAGAGUGGCUCAGCAGAGCCACAUUGUAAGUUUUUUUAUAUAAAAAAAUAAGUAAUUUUAUUUGGGGCAUUGGAAGGGAACUUAAGUAGAAAGAGAUUAUCUCAUGGGAACCUUGUUUGGCUGACUGCAUGGCAUGAUUAACCUUUAAUAUACCUGUUCCUAGGAAUACAACUUGUAAAAUUAACAUUUCUGCCUUUUCUGAGCAACAACCAUAUCUGAUCUCUCUUUGCUGACAUUGCUGGAGGUUGUUAUGGUUAUCUCCUUUCACAGAUUCCACCUAUAUAUAAUAGAAAGAAAUACUUCUGAAAAAUAAAUGUGAGUUUACACUCCGUGGGCCCAAAGUCAGGCUAUCUAAACAAUAGUCAGUAGUUUUUAUAGACACUGCAGUUGCUGCCAAUUUCCCAUUUUCUUAGAAGAUUUUAUGUUACCCAACACUACUGACUUGGGAAUGCAGCUCUUGGUACUCACAGAUCUCCUUAAGUUCAGAAACAUAGUGCAGAUUGUGUAACUCAAAACGCUUGGCAUGGCAUUGUCUUGAUUUUUCCAUAUUAAUCACUUUCAGCUAGUUAGUAUCUUUAAUGCGACGCUGGAAUCUUCAUGGAGCUGCAUUUGUUUUCAUUCAUACUGGGGUCCUUAGCUAAGGAACAAUGAACUUUGUGCCUGUUCCUCUUUUGACUCUUCUAAAUGAUGAGUGCAGCUGUGAGAUGCUUAGCUUGUAAGAUUUCUGAGAAAACAUGCUAACUUUGUAUAUGGAAUAUGGUAUUCAUAUAUUUAAAUUUGCUGAUUUAAAUGUGUGUCUAACUUUGAGUUUGUGCAGAUCAGCUAGAAUAAAUAUUUGUAUGUUUGUAGAAACUUGGGCCCCUCAAAAAGUUAGGAGAUAAAAGGGCCUAUAUUGGAAACAUCAUUUUCUUGCUGCAAAUUUAGAAAUCGGGUAUUUAAGAGCAGUCCCAGUGAUGUUGGCUUGACCUCAUAAGGUUAUGCUAUUUAGGAUUCCAGACUUUUAGGCCUUGUUGGAAGUUAAGACAGGUGGAAACUCUCUCUUUUUAUAUCACUUGUUGGAUAUAGAAGUUUGUUGUGUGGAUCUGAAAUCACCACCAUUGCCACUUCAUGAUGCUAGGCAGGCAGUUCUUAAAUGAAGAAUCCCAGAGUUUUGGCUUCAAGUGUUGCUGAACUACAUCUUGCAGUAGGUCCAGCCAGCUUGGCCAAAAUAAUAUCAAGAGAUUUUAUCUCAUCACCACUCUAGCUCUGAAUGUACUCCAUUUCCCAUCUACUUAUUUUUAGGAGGAAAAUAGACACUUGUAGCAGUGAGUCCUUGAGCAUAUACAGUUUUCCCCCCUCUCUCUUUGUGGUUGUUUGGAUUUGACAGUUUUAUCACAAAGUAAUUUUAUUUAGGUUUCAGAACUCUAGAAAACAUUGCACAUUUUAUUACAAAAUAUAGCUUGAUGAAAUAUUAUUUUCUCUUAUUGUGCAAUCAAGCUAAUAUAUUGAAAUAUGUAUAUUCAUACAGAAAACAACCUAGAACAGUAUGAUUAAAAUAAAUUCAGUUAGAAAUAUUGCUUGAUGCAUUAAAUCAAACCGUUGUUUCUCAUCACCCUUCCUCCUCCUGUUCAUACACACACACGUGUAUGCACACACAUGUGCUAUGCAGGGAGCUUUUAUUCAUUUUCAGCCAGUUCUGCCUAUGCUAGAAACAACUAGCAAAUGACCUGUCCUGGCUUUUUGUUUGAUAGCAAUAAAAAAUUCUUGCCUGAUCACUGCAGAACUGUCUCUUAACAACUAUUCACAGAAGAGCCUGCUGCUUUCAGCACAUGAAAACCCACUAACAAUCUCUCUGUUCUGUGGCAGUAAAAGAUGCUGGGGAUUAACUUUCAGCAGCAUGUGGAGGGCCAAGGGUUCACCACCUUUGGUUUAGAAGGACAAGUCUUCCGGAUGGUUAUUUUUACAUAGAGAUAAUCCAGACACCGCUGAGAGGGUACACUGUUGCAAUGCAUGAUUCUCCAUGAAGUGACCCUUGCUUCUUAAGGCAAAUGCUUGGUGUACUUCAUAAUGCAUCAAAGACUGAGUUGUUCAUCUCUUGCCUCUUCCUCCAUUUUAGACAGACAAUCCCUCUUUUCCUAUUUUCCUUGUGUUGUAUGUAUAGGUAAAGGAGGUCACUAUCACACCAUCUAUUGCAUCAUCUCUCUUGUGUUCAGAGUGAUUUUGUUGUAUUCACAUGGAACUGGUUACCCCCAGAGCUUGAUCAAGAAGAGGA